AAUUAUAAUUUCCUAUUUCUUUUUUUAUUCACGAAAUAAAAUAAAAAAACAUCUAUUUCGUGGAUUGUGUGAUGAUAUGUAAAAAAAAAAAAAAAUUUUCACGAAAUUAAAAAAAAAAAAAAAAAGCUAUUUCGUGGAUUGUUCCACAAAAUGCAAAAAAAAAUUUAAAAAAAAAAAGCUAUUUCGUGGAACAAUCCACGAAAUAGCAAAAAAAAAAAAAAAAGAGUUGCUGCUAUGAACAGUAACUGGGGUAUUUCGUUGAAUGAUCAACGAAAUACCCAUUUGGGUAUAAAAAAAAAAAGACAGCCUAUUUUGGUCUAAUUGCUGUAAAAAUAUGUCAUUUUGGCUCCGGACUCGUACUAGUAACGCAAUAAUUCUUCUCACUUAUACUUCGAGUACAACAAGUAUUACUAUUACUAUUAAAAGCUAAAUCUCACUCACCAUUGGACUCACUCCAAUAUUCCCAACACUAUUUAUAGCCAUAGACCAGUCCCCUGCCACCAACAAGUCGACUAUAGCUAAACAUCAAAAGCGACGAAGUUCGGUUCUUUUUUAUAGUGUUCUCAGAAACACUGACAAAUUAAAGCGACUAGUACAUCUAGCACGACCAUGGCCAUGCCGAUAUCGAAGAGAAGAAGAGUAGAAGAAGAAUCAGUAGAGAAAUUCGCAAUGGCGAAUUGUGUGGAUAUCAUGAAGAGGAACGAGUCGCUAGGACGAUCUAAACACUUCGAGUGCAAUACAUGCAAGAAAAAAUUUGAUUCGUUUCAAGCACUUGGUGGGCAUAGAACGAGCCACAAGAAUACGAUGAAUAAGCUCAUCGCGACGAGUACUACUGACGAAUUUUUACCCGUUAAGCCCAAAAAACACAAAUGCUUCCUUUGUGGCGAAGAGUUUGCUCUGGGCCAAGCUUUGGGCGGACACAUGAGAAAACAUCGCGAUGAAUUAAAUCAACUCGAGCAGAAGAAGAUGAAAUUGAAGGAGAAUUCGAAGAGUAAUGAAUUUGCAGAAGCUGUUCACGAUAAGAAAGAUAAGAAGGGUAGUACUGAAAGAAAUUUGUUUUUGGAUUUGAAUUUGACGCCGUAUGAGAAUGAGGUGAUGACAGGGAUGAUUCCUGUUUAGUGCAUAGUUGUAAUUACUUAAAAAAUAGGCAAGCUAAGUUAAUUCUUAAUGAAUUUCAGAUAUCACAUAAAUUGUACAGAUGAAGUAACUUUAAAGGAAGGCUGAAAAUAAAAGUUUGCUUGAAGUUGAUAUAUAUACUAGCUCGUGUUUGGUGAAACUUCUUUUAUUUUGUUUUCUCCUCUUUUUCCAAAUAUUACUAAUUGUAGUUAUUCGUGCUGUUGUAAGAGAAUCUCUUUUAUUUUGAA